CAUCAAUGCCGUCCUGAAGGUAGCCAAUGACUGGGGGAACAGGUUCGAGGCCGAGUUCGACUUCCCUCUCACCCAGGACGUAGAGGGGUGGGAGGCCGUCGUCAGGUUCAACAUACCCGUCACCAAGCUGGAUCUCCAACAUGCUCGAGUCUUCAAGCAGUCAGCUGACGGGAAGACGUGGGUGCUCAUCAACAUGAUGGACAGCGAGUUCUACGACAAAGGGACAACCUUGAAACUCCGCUUCUUCGGAAACCACCAGGGCUCCGACAAGGUGACGGGCACUGCCACGUUCUUUAACAUGGGGGUAGACAAGAACGGCGUGGCCAAGAGAAGAAACACGGACGGCACCAAGUACAACUAUGACGAUGUCCUGUACAAGUCCAUCCUGUUCUACGAGGCUCAGAGAUCCGGGAAACUCCCGGCGUCCAACAGGAUUCCCUGGAGGGGGGACUCCGCCCUGGGGGACAAGGGGGCUAACGGGGAGGACCUCACUGGAGGAUGGUAUGACGCCGGCGACCACGUCAAGUUCAACUUCCCCAUGGCCUACAGCACCACCAUCCUCACCUGGAGUCUCAUCCACUGGAGAGAUGCAUACGAGGCGUCCGGUCAGCUGGACAACAUGUACGACUGUAUCAAGUGGGCCCUGGACUACCUCCUUAAGUGUCACACGGGGAAGGAGGAGUUGUAUGUGCAGGUUGGCGACGGCAACACAGACCACAACUUCUGGGGAAGGCCUGAAGAUAUGACCAUGGCAAGACCUUCCUACAAGAUCGACGCCAGCAAUCCCGGAAGUGAUGUAGCUGGGGAAACCGCUGCCGCAAUGGCUGCUGGAUCGAUCGCCUUCAAGACGAGAGACCCCGCCUACUCCACGAAGCUGCUGAGUCACGCCACAGAUCUGUACAACUUCGCCAUGAAACACAAGGGGAAGUACAGCUCCAGCGUCGGAGCUGCCUCUAGUUUCUACCCAUCUACCAACACCACAGACGAGCAUGCCUGGGCCGGCCUGUGGAUGUACAUGGCCACCAACAACAGCAAGUACCUCACUGACGCCAAGGAGUUUUACCAGAAUGGGGCAUGCUGGGGGAUGUCUUGGGAUGACAAACAGGCAGCCAAUCAGUUGCUGUUCUACAAGUUUCUGGGAGACGACAAAUACAAGCAGGACAUUGAGGAUACCUUCCAACACUACUGGUUCCCUGGACAGGUCAUCAAGUACACACCCAAGGGCUUGGCAUGGCGUCUUCAGUGGGGAUCACUCAGAUACGUCUCCAAUAUGGCCCUGAUCGCGUUGAUGGCAGCCGACGAAGGUCUUUAUCCCGAUGAGUACCGGAAGUGGGCUGUUUCUCAGAUCCAUUACGCUCUCGGUGACACCGGCUUCAGCUACCUCAUCGGAUUUGGAGACACUGACUUUCCACACAGUCCCCAUCACAGAUCCAGCUCCUGUCCAUGGGCACCCGCUCCCUGUGGUCCGUUCGUCAUGUCCAGCCAUAAACCAAAUGUCCAUACCCUGUUCGGAGCUCUGGUAGGAGGACCUGAUAGCAGUGACGGCUACAAGGACGACCGUUCCAACUACGUCAACAACGAGGUAGCCUGUGACUACAACGCCGGCUUCCAGGCAGCUAUUGCAGGUCUCAAGUCUCUUGUCGUUAGAAAACUUCACCCAGAACAGACAUCCGGUGGCUCAGCUUAGACGUUAGAUCUGAAUAAACAUGAAACUAUAA